AUGAGUCAGCCAGACACAAGCGGGGACUGCUCGUUCAGCGACUUGGAUGAGCUAGUGAAGACCCUGCAGCUGGCCGUUCACAUCCCCACCUUCCUCCUGGGCCUGCUGCUCAACCUGCUGGCCAUCCGUGGCUUCAGCACCUUCCUGAAGAAGAGGUGGCCCGAUUAUGCUGCCACCUCCAUCUACAUGAUCAAUCUGGCAGUCUUUGACCUGCUGCAGGUGCUCUCCCUCCCGUUCAAGAUGGCCUUGUCCCCGGUGCGGCUUCCCUUCCCAUCCUUGUGCACACUGGUGGAGUGCCUAUACUUUGUCAGCAUGUAUGGGAGCAUCUUCACUAUCUGCUUCAUCAGCCUGGACAGGUUCUUGGCCAUCCAGUACCCGCUUCUAGUCAGCCACCUCCGGUCGCCCAGGAAGAUCUUCGGCAUCUGCUGCACCAUCUGGGUUCUGGUGUGGGCCGGGAGUAUCCCCAUCUACAGCUUCCACGGGGAAGAGGAGAUACUUAGGUGCUUCCACAACAUGUCCAAUCACACCUGGAAGGCCAGGGUCUUCUUACCUCUAGAGGUGUUUGGAUUCCUCCUUCCCAUGGGCGUCAUGGGCUUCUGUUCCACCAGGAGCAUCCACAUUCUGCUGGGCCGUCGAGACUACACACAGGACUGGGUGCAGCAGAGAGCCUGCAUCUGGACGAUCGCAGCCAGCCUGGCCGUCUUUGUGGUCUCCUUUUUCCCGGUCCACCUGGGUUUCUUCCUGCAGUUCCUGGUGAGGAAUGACUUUAUCAUGGAGUGCAGAGCCAAGCGCAGGAUCAGCUUGUUCCUGCAACUGUCCUUGUGUUUCUCCAACAUCAACUGCUGCCUGGAUGUCUUCUGCUACUACUUUGUCAUCAAAGAAUUCCGCAUGGGCAUCAUGGCCCACCGUCCUUCCAGGGUCCAGCUGGUCCUGCAGGACACCACACUCACCCGGGGCUAA